AGAGGCUUCACGCAGGAGCAGAGACAAAGGAAGUUGGACUGGAUCGAGUCAAUUUUUAGAAACCGAGUCUGGUGAGCUCAAUUGACGGUGAUGGGGAGGAGAAAGACGCAAAGAAAUGACAUCAUUGCCUCCGUUUUUUUCGUCUGUUCUUCUGCAGGUCCCCUUUUUUUGCAGAGUCAAAAGAUGGAUGGAUGGAUGGAUGGAUGCUUGUGCUGCAGCACAGCCAGCCGGGUCAUGUAUGCGCUACUACCCAAUCGCCCAAUUCUAGAUAAGACGGUGGUUAUCUCGCGUAUCAUGCAAUGCCACGGGUUAUUUUCUUGAAUAUCAAAGUGCAUACCGGUAUACCUAUCACAAGUACAGGUCAUCAAUUUUCCUGACUGCCGUAUUCCUG